AUGGAAGGUAUACAUAUGUUAAGAGAUCUUUUAAAACGAGACGACUAUCUUAUAAAAAUCGAUCUCAAGGAUGCGUACCUUACAGUCCCAAUCUGCAAGGCCCACCAAAAAUUUCUAAGGUUCCUUUGGAAGGGAACUUUGCUGGAAUUUGCAUGCCUCCCUUUCGGACUACCAAGGGAGAAACUUCGAAAGAUUCGAAAGAAGUGUCAAACUCUUUUAAGUGGAACAGAGAUUUCAGUUCGAGAGUUAUCAAAAUUCCUGGGCCUACUAACCUCCUCUAUUCAGGCAAUAUUCCCAGCCCCUCUCCACUACAAGCACCUCCAGAGGCUGAAGAACACCACAAUGAGCUCGACACAAUCUUACGAGGCCAUUGUAACACUAGAUACAACAGCCAGAGAGGAGGUGGUGUGGUGGAGAGAUCACCUCCAGGCAUGGAAUGGCAAAGCGCUAUUCCAACAGCCGGUAGAUCUAGUAAUCGAGACAGAUGCAUCUCGAAAAGGUUGGGGAGCAUACUGCGAGGGGGUAAGCACAGGGGGCCCCUGGUGCUCGGAAGAGAAGAGACUUCAUAUCAACUGUCUCGAACUUCUUGCCGGCUCGUUUGCGAUAAAAACCUUCACCAAAGACAAAGUAUGUGCACAUGUAAGGCUAAUGAUGGACAAUGCAGCAGCAGUUGCUUAUGUAAACAAGAUGGGGGGUACUCAUUCUCAAACUUUGGCCAAUUUAGCAAUUGCUCUUUGGGAGUGGUGCCUCGAAAAUCAACUGACAGUAUCAGCACAACACCUCCCUGGUAUAUUGAAUACACGAGCAGACAGGGAAUCGCGAAUUAUAACCGAUUCCAGCGACUGGAAACUGAAUCCCUCACUGUUUCAGGCAGUCCUAAGAAUCUGGGGCCCACUAGAAAUAGAUCUUUUUGCGUCUCGGCUGACAUAUCAACUUCCUCAGUUUGUCAGCUGGAAACCAGACCCACUAGCCAUCCAGACGGAUGCCUUCUCAAUGAAUUGGGGGAAGAUUCGGGGCUAUGCCUUCCCACCAUUUGCCCUAAUCGGUCGAUGUUUGAGACAAGCUCUAUCACAGAAAGUCGUCCAGUUAGUUCUAAUAGCUCCAGUUUGGCCAACACAACCUUGGUACCCCUUAGCUCUUCAGAUGUGUACGGACCUUCCCCUGUUGUUUCCAAUGUCGACCGAUCUCUUGGAGAAAGACCACCAAUCUCACCCACUAACCAACCUCCAGUUGGCUGGUUGGAGACUGUCAGCCGAUGUUUCGAAACAGCUGACAUUUCAGAGGAAACUAGAGAACUGUUGUUGGCAGCAUGGAGAAGAAAUACCACCAGUGCUUAUGCCUCAGCCUGGAAUAAGUGGGUUAGCUGGUGUGCUCAACGGAAAAUCAAUCCCAUUUCAGUAUCUAUAAGUAUGAUCUUAGAGUUUUUCAAAGAUCAGUUUAAAGAGGGGAAAGCUUAUAGGACUAUCAAUGUCUAUAGAUCAGCUUUGUCGGCAGUUUUACCGGAAAUUGACUCCAGCAAGGUUGGGGCUCAUCCUUUAGUAUCUCAAUUGUUAAAAGGCAUCUUUCAUUUAAGACCUCCUCAACCAAAGUAUUCCCAUACUUGGAAAGUUUCUCAAGUUCUAGGCUACAUUAAAUCCUUGGGGAGUAAUGAAAAAUUGAGUCUUAAGUUCUUGUCCUUUAAGUUGGUAACUUUACUCGCUCUUACGGCCCCAGAUCGAUCUUCAGACUUGGUUAAGAAGGACUUACGGUUUCGUACAUUUCAUCCCGAAGGGGUAUCUUUUACGUUACCUGGCUUAUCAAAGACAUCAAAACCAGGCGAUUCGUUAAAAUCGAGCUUUCAUGCAAAAUUUGAUGGGGAUAAGGUCUUAUGCCCAGUUGAUUGCUUAAAAUGUUAUGAAAAUUGUA